AAAAAGUUUUCUCAGGGUUGGUCUGCUCCUUUAAGGCUGUAUCGGGAGUUUUGAGGAGGAAAUAGGAAGUUAGUUCCCUUAACAUUUAACACAAAGACAUAAACAAAAGGCGAUUGUUAGUGAUGGCAGGAAUAAAAGGUCUUGUUGCGUUAUCCUUUAGUGGAGCACUUGGACUGACAUUUCUGCUUUUGGGAUGUGCACUGAAAAAUUUCGGAGUGUAUUGGCCACUGUUUGUCCUGGUCUUUCACAUUCUGUCACCUAUUCCAAAUUUAAUAGCCAGGAGGCACGUGGAUGACACUGAGUCGACCAGUGCAUGCAGGGACUUGGCAUACUUCUUAACAACUGGCAUUGUAGUGUCAGCCUUUGGAUUGCCUAUUGUGCUUGCACGGAAAAGUAUUAUCCUAUGGGGUGCCUGUGGCCUGGUAAUGGCAGGUAAUUGUGUCAUUUUUCUCACAAUUCUGGGCUUUUUCCUGAUAUUUGGAGGUGGCGAUGACUUCAGCUGGGAACAGUGGUAAAACCUAUCAUGAGAAGGAACUACUAUGACUAUGUAAACUACUAAAUGUGGAAUUGUUUCCAUAGGUUAUUAAUUCGAUACACUAUCUAGAGAACUUCUGAAUUGAUCAUUUUGACAUGACUGCUCUGUUACUCUUCAUGUCUUACAGUAGAUUUGCACUUUCAUUCAUGUUGGCUUAUGCAUGGCUUAAUAUACAAUAAUGUACUUAAAAAUAGAUAAUUCUGCAGUGGCAUAAUGGGGUGAAAGUGGUUUCAAUAUUAUUUUUUAUCAUGUUUUGACAGCAAAAUUUAAAAGGAAUCUCCAGAACACUUUUUGUUCACCCCAAAAUCGAUGAAAACAUAAUGAAUGGGACUUUUGAAAGAAGUGUUAUUUCUCAUCACACUUAAAAUUUUAUUUGAUGUAUAAACUUUAAAUAUAAAUAUUAGAAAUACCUAAAAGGUAAACAGAAUUAGCAUAUUUUGACAGCCCUGUUCCAGCACCCUUUACCACUUUUUAACCCUUUAAUGACUAUUUCGACAUAACAUCGUACAAAGAGUGCUGUUUUCACACAAUGAAAGCAGUGUAACCAUAGCAGUAUAUUAUUUGUUUUUAUCGCUGCUCUUUGUUUUUUGCAAAGCCACUAAUGUCAAUUAGUAUAUAUAUAUAUAUAUAUAUAUAUAUAUAUACAUACAUUAGAAUAUACCAGUAAGCUUUAACUUAAAUGGUAAACCCUCUUAAACUAUGUUUACACAAGAUUACCAAAGCAGACCUCUUUCUGCUCAGCCAUUCUAUGUUUCAUUUUCAUCCACAAGUUUGCAUGUGAAACUAUAAAAGAAGAGGUCUAGAAUGUAUGCUUAAUACGAUCAUCACCAGCCUUCAUUCCUGUAAUUAUAGAAUAGUCUAUUUGUUUGUGUAGUUCCUAUAUUUAAAAAUAUUUUUAUAAUCAUAAUUCCAUGUGAAACACUAUUACAUGAUUGUUUUGCACCUUGAUACACUACAGUAUAGCAUUUGGGAUUCUGUUUCACUAGAAAUUCAGGAUAUUUAGUUUGUAAUAAAUAACAGUUUUUCACCUCUGGUCUUUAUAUUGAAAAUCCACGUAGUUUGUAGUUCGAUUCACUACAAUAAUUUGAACAGAAAUUGUAUAAGGGAUAACCUUGCUGUUCUUGAUGUUUUCAGCACUUUCAAAUGUUAUAUUUGAUUAUAUGAAUAAAUAAAAUUUUGUUUUGUCAUAAUUUUGUCUUUUUCAGUAAGUUUAAAUAUCCAGUAAAUACCUUCAUUCUAUUAUUGUUUUUAAAUGUGUCAUAUAUGUCUCACCAAUGUGAUUUUCAAAUUGCAGAUAUGCAUGUUGUAAGUUAGUGCAGCAGUGGCUUCUGCUGAUAUCAGAUUUAACUGACGGAAGCGCCAACCUACCCACAACAUUUAGAGGGAUGUAGUUCAGGACUGAAUAUUAUAUAACUUGUUGUUCAGAAAUCGCAGCUAUAAAGUUUUUUUUAGAGAUGUGUUCUCAGGCUGCAACAGAACAUUGGAAGGAGUCACACCACAAUCACGAGCUGGGUUUAGAUGUGUAUAUACUGUAAGCAUUAAGCAUAUGGCAGCCACAACAACAGAUGUUGUACAUCAGCUUCAAAUCCCGUGGUGAAAUGCAGGGGGUUUUGGGGUUGAGUAAAGAUGUAACAUGCGAAUAAUUAGACAAAAAAAAUUUGAGGGUUUAUGGAUAGGAUUGAACUCCUGUUUAUCCCCAACAAACACCAACAUUUCAUACUAAAAAUGAAAAUGUGGCUACAUUACUUGUUGGGAAGCAUUAUUGACAUAGUCACGCUGCCUUUACAAACAGUGUUAAAAACUGAUCAAAUCCAACAUCUGAAGAAUUGUAUGUUUGUUUUGACAGCAUGAACAAGCAUCAUUUUCCAAUGAGAUUUUUUUCCAAUUUACUCUACAUUGUUAAAGUGCACCUAUUUCAUUGCUAAAAAAACACUGUUAUUUUGUGUAUUUGGUAUAAUGCAAUGUGUUUGUGUGGUUUAUGAUUAAAAACACGAAACGCAUGGAUUUGAAAA